AACGUGCAACAAUGUUGCAAAUCGCAUCAUGCUCGGGUUAGCUGGUGCAUUCGCACCGAUACUUGGGAUAGGAUCUGCACUUGGGGCAGUCAGCGCCAUUGGAAUAAAGUUUACAAGUAUUGUUGGUGUGAUGCCGUUUCUUGUUGUCGGUAUUGGCAUAGAUGACAUGUUCAUAUUGAUGUCUGGCAUUGCUGAAGCUCCAUCCCUCGGUGCUUCAUCGAUUGAGGAAAGGAUGAGAUAUAUGUUGCAGAAAAGUGGGAUUGCAAUAACAAUCACCUCUAUCACUGACCUACUUGCAUUUGGUAUUGGAGCAACAUCCGUUUUUAUCAGCAUAAAAAACUUUUGUAUUUUCACAGGUGUUGCUGUAUUUUUCUGUUAUCUAAACCAGCUGUUCUUUUUGUGCCCUGCAAUAUGUUUGAAUGAGAAAAGAACUCGACAGAAAAGACAUUUUUUGAGUUGCAUGAAGAUAAAAUCAUCGAACGAGGUUUCAAAAGCAAGCCUACAUAAGUAUUGUUGUACCGGGGAUAUUCCAGAGAACAGAGGGGAUGUAGAGAGUGCUUUAGAAAAGUAUCCAAAAUUAUUUGUUAUCCGAUUUCUUUUAAAGCCCAUCCUUGGAAAAAUAAUGAUCGUUAUUGUUUUUAUGGCAUACAUAGGUGCCUCUGUUUACGGAGCAAUCAAUUUGAAGCAAGGUCUUUCAUUAUAUAAUUUAGUUUCGGAUCAUUCAUACUUUUACAAAUACAGUGUUUGGGACGAAGAUUAUUUUACAACAGAACCUAUUAUUACUUUUGUUGGGGUUGCUCUUGCAGUUAUGUUUGUAAUAACAAUCUUAUUUAUGCCUCAUCCACUCAUGGUAUUUAUUGUUACGAUAACACUUGUAAGCAUUUUGACUGGAAUAUUCGGUUUCAUGCAUAUCUGGGAUUUGACUUUGAGUUCCAUUACCAUGAUCCAUCUUGUGAUAAGUGUCGGUUUUUCUGUAGAUUUUAGCGUGCAUAUCUGUCACGCCUUUUUGACAGUCAGAUCUGAGAAACGGGACAAGAUUCUACAAUUAGCAUUUGAUAAAGCCGGUGGUCCAAUAUUCAACGCAGCAUUUUCCUCUUUACUUGGAAUAGCAAUGCUUGGCUUAUCUCAAAGUUACAUUUUUCAAUCAUUUGGUAAAGUUAUGUUUUUGGUUAUAGGGUUCGGACUUCUUCAUGCUGCAUUAUUUUUGCCUCUUGUACUGUGGUUUCUAUUUCCAUGUUUCUCAACUAAAAAAGAUGACAAAAAUAACAUACAAAAGCCAACCCCCCUUUUCUCAAUUUGUGCUGAAAAAUACGAUAAGAAUGAUCUAUCACAAGACAAUAAAGAACCCAUUCAAAUUUCAAAUAUAAUUGAUUUAAACGUGGAAAUAAGUAGAAAACUAAACCUAAAACAUAUUUCAAGUUGUACUCACAGUGCAAACCUAUCGCUUAAAUGUAUCCAAUCAAUACCAGUCGUGUAUGCUAUCGACAAAGUCCUCGCUUACACUCAUAAGAAGGUUGCGAUAUAUUCAUCUGGAAAACAUGAACUCAGCUACUGGGAGUUAUUUCACUCUUUAGAAGACUGA